UUCUCCAUAUUUUAAAAACAAUUUUCAAGCGAAGUUAACUACACGACUGCUUUUGUAUCAUCACUACAAUCGGCCUUUUCCGCGUCAAGAUCGUAAAGAUGGCCAAAACAAAGGACAGAAAGGAGAAGUCCAAGUCCACCAUGUCGGAGGUGGUCACUCGUGACUACACGAUCCACCUCCACAAGCGGCUCCACCGUGUUGGUUCCAAGAAGAAGGCGCCGCGUGCGCUGAAGGAGAUCCGCAAAUUUGCGAUGCAGCAGAUGGGCACACAAGACGUCCGCAUUGAUUACCGGCUCAACGAGCAGGUCUGGUCACGCGGCAUCCGGUCUGUCGCCAAGCGGAUCCGUGUGCGGCUCGCGAGGAAGAGGAACGAGGACGAGGACUCUCCCCACAAGCUGUACACCCUGGUCACCUUCGUGCCCGUGCCCACGUUCAAGGGCCUAUCCACGGAGAAUGUUGAGACCAGCGACAGUUAAAUCGUGAUGAAUACACAACGGAUUGGAGCGAUG